CCUACUGACUUGGCUCUCUUCUUCUUUUCUCUUUCUUCAACCUCCACCUCGCCCUUUUUUUCUACCUGGUUCUCUGCGAGAAUCUUUACUUUCUUUCACGUUAGACGUUGACUUUCUUUUCUCCUGCGAAUCGACUUCGCAGCACCCACGCUCUUUCGCUCUUCCAACGCUCAGCCCACAUUCGCUCAUCCCACGUCUAUCAACAAGACAUUGAUUGUCUAAGACUCAAAAGAGAUAUCCCAGACAUCCACUCACUUCACACACCAUGCUGUUCAACAAAUUGACCUUUGCCCUCGUCGCUGGUCUCGCCGCCGUCGGUGAGGCUGAGCACCACGCUCGUCGUGUCCACCGCAUCCGUAGCAUCAUCCACAGCGAGUCUCCUGCUCCUUUACCCACUAUCACUCGCACUAUUGUCCCUACUCCUGUGGAGUCGGGCUCUGAUGCUACCUCCUCCGCCUCUUCAUCGGUUGUCGCUUCUUCGGGCCCUGCUUCCUCCAGUGCUGCUCCAUCGCGUACUCCCUCGCGCACCCCCUCGAGCAUCCCAUACUCGUACCCUCCUUCAGUCAGCACUGGUAUUCCCAGCCAGGGUGCUGGUGAGACCGCCACUGGUGAUAUCACUCUGACCUACACUGUGGGCACUGGUACCUCCACCAGCGUUAUCACCACCACUAUCCACCGCACUACUACCGAUGUGCACACGGUGACUGCUACUGAGGCCCCCGAUGCCAAUGGCCACCAGCAGGCUGGCAGCGGUGAGCAGACCACUACUCUGCACUCCACCGCUACUGAGACCGUCACCCUCGUCGAGGUCCCCACCACCUCCGUCACUGCUGGCAGCGGCGGUGAGGGUAACUGCAGCCCCGUUACUGUGACUGUCACCGAGACCGUGACUGCUAGCGGCACCACUGUCACCACUGCCCCCGGCCAGAGCCACCAGCAGGAGGGCAACGGUGAGGGUAACCACGGCCACCACGGUCACCACCACCACACCAGCGCAACUGAUGAUGGUGAUGACUCUGAGCCCACCUCCACCCAGACUAUCAUCCCCACCGCUAGCUCUACUCCGUUCCCCUCCUCCUCCCGGGUCCCAUCCGGCUUCGCUACUAGCUCCGUACGCAUCCCCUCAGGCUCAGUUAGCAUCCUGCCCUUCCCCAGCCAGAGCGGUCACCCCGGUGCUCCCUCGGGCAAGCCUAGCGGCAGCCCCUUCCCCCACAACUUCCGCCGCCGCUACGUCUAAGCGAGGAUGUGUGAGAUUUGAUAGAGAAGACUCGCUCUGAUCUGUGGGUAGUGAUGUGAGCCUGCCGAUGAUUUGAGAGUGUUCUGGUUUUGCAGUUCUUUCUUCCUGCCUAGACUUUGCCUUUCGUGCUUUUUCACGCUGGUGCUGUACCUAUUUUCUUGUGGGUGGAUGGUAUGGAACGGAAUUGUGGAGUUGCACUUGCUUCCGAUCUUUUUCGAUCUAUGUCUACCCUUUUUAUUACCUUUCUUCUGCGAAGUGUCUUGAGGAGAAACAGCUCGAUCAUUUAUGUGGUUGAAACCUGGCCAUCUUCUCGAGGAGAUGCGUUGCAUCCCUUUCUCGUAUCUCAUUCUUUUCCAAUGGGAUUGAUCUUUUAUUCUUUCUCAUCUGCUACCGGAUUGCAGCCUCGUAUCAAUAGCCGGCCUGCGAAGUGCCCACUGCUUCAUGACGGGUCUUUGAUUUUCUUUGCUACUUUCUUCAUCUCGCGAUGUGCGCACUUCACGUCUCCCGGACGAUAUAUCUUUUCUCUGUACAAAAUUCUUAGUUCAUGGGCCUCUUCGAGAUUGAGAACUGAU